GUUGGACCUCGGCGCACGUCUUGCUCCACGCCGGCGCAACCAAUGCCUGGCAAUCGUUUUCCGCAUCUCCGCUGUACUAGCAGUGGUGAUAGACAGGAAUACGCAGUCAGUGACGUCCGAAACUAAUGAGUCUUGGUUCUCAUAUGUUCCUAGCCAAAUACAUAGUCACUCAGACACAUCUUCUCCUCUUACCUCUUGAUCACGAACAGCGUUGCACAUCCCACCACCAUGCCGCACAUCGAUCUCACUGCCAUCAUCACACCCAAGUCACCCGAGAAGGGUCAGAGGUUCCUUGGGCUCUUUCAGGAAUGCGUCGACUACGUCGAGGCGAAUGAGAAGGACUAUGUCCAUCGCUACGAGAUGCACAAGGGCAUUAAGGACAAGAAUGGCAAGGAGCAAUACGUUGUGCUCGAAGGGUACAAGGACAAGGAGGGUCUGGACAAGCACAUGAAGUCCAAGCCAGUUGUAGAGUUGCUUGAGGCGAUCUCCAAGGAGGACCUGACGGAGACGCAGAUUAUCAUGACGACCAAGGGGCCAGGAAUCGCACCAAAACUAUGAUGCUCAGAAAUCAAGGAAACAGAGCGACGCGCCUUUGGUCGAUCAGUGAAAGAAUAUUAGAGCAUACAUGAGCGACGUCUGUUGAGAGAGUUGAGGAGUUGGUUUGUAAGGUACUGAAUGUAUGCAGGGCGACCGCCUACCAGAUGCAGCCGAGCUAGGCGCCUCGAGUAUGCCACCGCCUGCCUAAUUAGGUAAUCGUUGUGCCAAACUCACCAUUCAAUUAUCUGAAUCUCAUCUCGCG